CCCCCCCACCCCCCCAGACACCCCAGGUAGACUGAAGAGACCAACGCCUCGGUUAGUUAGGUUUAGAGCCUGUCCAGCUAGUUUUUGUCACUUGAAGGAGUAUGUUGCCAACCCUGUCCCUCUGUUCCAUCAUUUGGUUAAACCGGGGUAUCAAGCUGAGGAAAGUGCUCCACAGCGCCAACACUGGCCUGCUCUGAGGCAGCAGCACCCUACCUACCUUCCUCCAUAGACUCGGCCAUUUUAGCAAUGCUUCUUAGCUUCGGUUGAUAGUUCCAAACGGCCACUACUCAUCACCCACUACUGCCUGUACAUUUCUGGGUUGCCGUAGCAUCGGGCCGACAUUCGCAUCCUCUCAGCGUCUUCGGCAGCUUUUCUCGGUUUCCCGAAAUGGCGGUCGAGGGUUUCCAGUACCGUGCCCUCUACGUGUACACCAAGGACUUGGAGGAAGAUGUUGAUCUGCACCCCGGGGACAUUCUGACCGUCAGCAAGGCCUCCCUGCUCUCCCUGAACUUCAAGGAGGGGGAUGAGGAGCGUCCCGAGCUCCUAGGCUGGCUGCUGGGCUUCAACGAGCGGACCAAGCAGAGGGGGGACUUCCCGGGGACAUACGUUCAGUUUGUGGGCCACGUGAGGAUGUCACCGCCAUCCAGUCAGCCUCGCUCCCAAAGAAUCCUCCCAGCAGCCCCAGGGCCUGASCUGUCACAGCAAGCUGUUUCUCUUCUGGAUUUGACUGAGCAGUUCACACCACCAGAAACUGCUCCCCCUACCCUGGUGAACCUAGUGGAGGCCAUUGAGAARAAAGGUCUGGACUGCAAGACACUGUACAGGACACGUCUCRCAUCCGCCUCAGAUGGCCCAACACAGAGCCAGAGAGAGGAGGUGGAGUCGGGGCCUGGUAGUGACGUGGGCGCCGUGUCGGAGUGUUUACUCCGCUACCUGCGGGAGCUGCCGUCCCCCGUCAUCCCCCCCGGUGUUUACCCAGACCUGCAGGCUGUGCUGCAGCAGGGCGCCGCGGGUACAUGCCACAUUUCACUCACCCCUGCUUGUGCGCAACCAGUGCCCCCCACCAACCCAUCCCCAGCCCCGACGAAACAGACCCAGGCAAUAGCAAACUGGUCCAAGGCUGUGGCGGCGAGCAGCAGUGGAGGCAGGGAGCUGAGCCUGGUCCUGGAGAGGGCCACCAGCAUGCCCCUGCAUCACCACCUCACCCUGCACUACCUGCUCACACACCUGGGUAAGGUGGUCCAGACCUCCCAUCUUAAUGGCCUGGACCUUCACACCCUGGGUCUGGUUUUUGGGCCGCUGCUGAUCCGGCCCAGCUCCGCCACUGGGUGGGAKGUGGGGGAGGAGUUCCCUGCACUGGCACUGGAGAGGCUUCUGAUGGAGAUGGCCAUGGGACAGGAAGUCACGCACCCAGCUCUACCAGCCAUGCCAGUAAAGGUCAAAGSUACAACUCCAGCCAUGACUGAGAGCAGCAUACUGAGUGAUUCGGAGUGGUACUGGGGUGAAAUCUCCAGGGAGGAAGUGAAUGAGAAGAUGAGAGACACUCCUGACGGGACGUUCAUGGUCCGCGACGCCUCCAGCAAACUGGAGGGAGAGUACACACUGACCCUCAGGAAAGGCGGAAACAACAAGCUGAUCAAGGUCUGCCACCGGGAAGGUCGCUAUGGCUUCUCAGAGCCUCUCACCUUUAUCACGGUGGUGGAGCUCAUCAACCACUACCGCCAUGAGUCCCUGGCCCAGUACAACGCCAAGCUGGACACCCGGCUCCUCUACCCUGUAUCCAAAUUCCAGCAGGAGCAGCUGGUGAAGGAGGACAGCACUGAGGCGGUGGGCGAGCAGCUGAAGGUGUACCACGAGCAGUACCAGGAGAAGAGCUGGGAGUACGACGUGCUCUACGAGGAGUACACACGCACCUCACAGGAGCUCCAGAUGAAGCGCACAGCCAUCGAGGCCUUCAACGAGACCAUCAAGAUCUUCGAAGAGCAGUGUGAGACUCAGGAGCGCUACAGCAAAGAGACCAUCGAGAAGUUCCGACGUGAAGGCAACGACAAAGAGAUCCAGAAGAUCCAAAGCAACUCGGAGCGUCUGAAGUCUCGGGUGACAGAGAUCCACGACAGCAAGAGGAAGCUGGAGCAGGACCUGAAACAGCAGGCAACCGACAACAGAGAGAUCGACAAGAGGAUGAACAGCCUGAAACCAGACCUCAUGCAGCUAAGGAAGAUCAGGGACCAGUACCUGGUGUGGUUGACACAGAAGGGGACGAGGCAGAAGAAGAUUAAUGAAUGGCUGGGCAUAAAGAACGAGGCAGAAGACUCCUACUGGCUGGUGGAGGAGGACGAAGGCUCGCCCCACCAUGACGACGGCACCUGGUACAUGGGCGACAUCAAGCGCACCCAGGCAGAGGAGCUGCUGAGGGACAAGUGUGACGGCACCUUCCUCAUCCGAGAGAGCCAGACGCAGAAGGGCUCCUAUGCCUGCUCUGUAGUUGUGGACGGCGACGCCAAGCACUGCGUCAUCUACAAGACGGACAAAGGCUAUGGCUUUGCCGAGCCCUACAACCUUUACAGCUCCCUGAAGGACCUGGUGCUCCACUACAAGCACGAGUCCCUGGUCCAACACAACGACCAGYUGAAUGUAACCCUGGCCUACCCGGUCCUCACCCAGACCUAGCAGCAGCACCCCAGAUUAGGGGCAGCGUGGCAUGACGACCCCCAAUGGAGACCAGAGUUUCUAAAGCAUGGCAAAUCAAGCACACUACGUACUACAGUACCAACCACAGUAAACAUGAGACAAAAAACAUAGACGUGUUCGUAGACAAAAAACAACAUAAGCACACAGUUAUGAUAUAAGCUCUCAGACCAUAGUUAGAAGAGCGAGAGGGAGUGAGAGAGGAAAGGAGAGAGUCGGGAAGCUAGAGGGUAAAGAUACUGGAUGUAGAAUAGAUUUUUGGGGGAAGGGAAGUUGAUGCCAGCUUUCAGAUGCAUGGUGCUGAAAAGGAGGGCUGGGGUGGUGGGUCAAACUGUUAGAUUCUAUAAAAAGCUUGCUUAAGUGCCAUAGAGAGCCUUGAUUGACCACAAGCCUGUGUUGGGAAAGAAGGGGACUGUGGGGUGGGUGGGUUGGUGCUGGGAGGGAGAGCAAACUACAGCUUUAGAAAUAUAUAUAUAUAUAUAUAUAUAUAUAUAUAUAUAUAUAGAUAUAUAUAUAGAUAUAUAUAGAUAUUGUUUUUUAAGUCCAAUUUCCAUGAAACUGCCGUGGGCUCUCGAGUUUGUUGUAAGAUAUAAAUUCUUUAUGAAAAGAGAUGUGAUAUAUUUGGUGUAUUGUGAAUAUAUAGAUGAUAUUCACAAUAGAUCAAAUAUAUAGUGUAUUGAUGAAUACAGUUUCUAAAGGGAUUUAAGUUUCCCUUUUCCGUUUAAUCAUGGCUAGUGGAGAAAUCCCUCCAAGCUCGUUUCUACAUUUCUGUUCUAGUCAGGAUUGGGCUCAAUUCCAUUUAGAUUCCAGUCAUUUCAGGAAGUACACGGAAAUUCCAAUUCCAAUGGUCUUUAAUGCUUUUCAAUGAGGAASAUUUUACAUUGGAAUUUAAUAUACUUUCUGAAUUGAGUGGAAUUCAAAUGGAAUUGACCCCAACUCUGCUUCUAGUGCUUUCUUUUAUACUGUAGCCUAUAGCCAUGAUUGACUAUGGUAUUACUGUUAGUAUUCAUGGUGUUUUUAUUUCUACGUGAAUAUACUCACAGAGCAUCAAUCUAUUGGAUCUUAACUCUCGGUACUUAGUCUCUAGGAAGCCUGUCUAGUACAAUGUUCUUCUCACAAGCGUUUGCUUUUGUCACAGCGUUACUACUACUCACAGUACUUCCUCUUUGAGCUUGACUGUUGUUUUUAUUUGACACAAGCUUGAUUCACAGAGCUGUAGAACAUUGUUGUACAUAAGAAAAAAAACAGAUUAUUGUAGAAAGCCGUUAUAUGACCCAUAUAUCUACAGACAGUAACAGGCAGUGUGACUGUCAGUCUAAAAGCUGUAUUUGCUGUACGUAACCAUGCAAACAGAAAGUAUUGAAUGCUUUCCUUCCCAACUGUGUCCCCCCGCAGGGGAAACUGCUGGAGGAUGCGCAGUAUCCAGCUAAACUUGAGCCAAAUGAAGGAUGUCUUUCAUGUAGCAAAAACAAUAUCUGAUCCGUUUUGAGCAUGACCACAGAGAUUCGAGAGAAUUUCUAUAAGUACAGAAUGCAUGUAAAUCCUUCUUUUGGAUAGUACCUAGAAACUCGCCCUAGUACUCGUGCUGUUUUAAGUGUGUACGUCUCAUGUCGUAGACCAGUAUAAUGCACAAACAAUAGUAAGUGAAUAAGAAGACAUGGAGAUUUACAGACACACUCAGUGUGGAGUGAAUCCCUCCACAGGUACUGAGCAGUACUUUUGUUGUGUGGCUUCAGGGACUUACUCUGCCAAUGCUUCUAUUCCUUUUCCAUAGCAUAGACUUUGUUUGUGUGAAUACACUUCAGCCAAAAUUUGAAGGUUGAUUCUUGACUUGAAAGUGAAAAUCCACUCAAACUAUCUUUGGUAUUUUUUUUUCUUCAUUAGUCCACUUGAUACAGUCCCAAAACAUUUUAGGACUGUAUCAACAGAAAAAAAUCUAAACAAUUUUAUUGAAUGGAUUUUCCCUUUAAAGAAACAUAAUGUAAUGAAACUGAGGAUAUCGAGGAUUUAAAUUUGGUGACUUGAUUUAAGUGCUGCAUUUAGAUUCGUUGAGAAAGAGGGAACAUUUGUAGAAUGAUGGCCACUCCUUUUUGGGCAGUUCUAAACAUGAUCAUUUGCUCAGUGUGAUUUAUUUUCGCUCUUUUGGUAAUACAGAUUAAGUAUGAUGCGUAAAUAUUGCAAUUGAACAGUCAUGCAAGUGGAUUGGUUAAUUAGUUAUGGGAAAUUAGAUGGUACAAAUGUUGGUUGGAGACAAAAAAUUAUGUUAAGGAUAAAUACAUUGGUACUGUUUAAUGGUGCUUUGCACAGUUCUUGGCCAGAAGACUAGACAAUAAUUAAACUCAAAGUGACAUUAGUUGGGUGUCUUGAGAGGGAUAUAAAAGAGUGUGAAUCACAAAGUUAAGAAGUGCCUUCUCUGUCUGUGUUACUUAGCUCUUGUCUUUUUGUCAGAAGAGCUUCUCUCCUGUAGACAGAGCCACAGUGUACUGUAGUCUUUGCUUAAAAACGACCCGCACUAAAUUCUUCCGCUUCUCUGUUGUUCGCUACAUACUUUAGUCCGAGACUACCAUCAUUGAAGUCAUUUCUGGUGAGGAGGGGCGUUGUGCAAAAUAAAGCAAUCAGCGAUUAGAUUGUCUCUAACCAAUUAGUGUCAAAGCCAAUGAUGAAUUUUCAAACCGCCGCUUUACCCACGUGUUCUGGCUCUGGCCCAAUCCAUCGGUUUCUGGACCAAUCAGGUGGCCCCGAAAUAUAUUUGCAUUCGGGGUCGGGGAGGUAUUGCGUAAGAAACUAACGUCCAGGGGUGUGGCAUAGCGUUUGGCUGGAGCAAGGAGUCUGAGUAGCCAGGCAACUAAUGUCAACCCCUGAAGAGAACUGGCAAAUGAGCAUAGUUAUCGUCUUUCCUUUAGUGUGUGUGUGUGUGUGUGUGUGUGUGUGUGUGGUGCGAGUUAUGGAGGUUGUUUGUUUAGUUAUGCUUCUCUUUUGUUCUUUUUUUGUGACUGGGGCUAUUUCUUGGUGCUCUUCAGUGAGCGAGGCAGAUUCCUUUGGGGUUUGUUGUAUAGUUUAUUGAAUCAAACCUAGAGUGGAUAGAAAUGUGAAUACACAGUCGUAGCCCAACACCGCGUUUUGUUGAAUAAGCCGAAUCUCAUUCGAUCCCAAUUCUCAUUCAAUUCAGAUCCCGUUUACCCAGCUACUGACGUAUUUAUUUACAGUCCGUCGGACCAUCAUUUUGUGAAUGUGCUUUUUCCUGUUCCACACUCCUUAAUUGAGUGUGUCUAGGUCUAAAAAAAAGUCUGAAUUAAUUCUAAACCAUGUCAGUGAAGCUCAGUAAGCCAUGAUAGUGUUUUUUUAUUAAGCGUCUCAUGUCAGGGAUGUUUUAUCUGACUUUCUUUGUGAAUCAAAGUGAAAACCCGUURGUGUCCCCUUACACAAUACAUAGGGUGGAGGCAUGACAAACUUUGAAAUAGUAGCCUGUAUUCUGAACCUGUUUUGAAAUUGACAUUGAGGCAAGAGGGACUAAUGUCCAUUAUUGCUGUUUUUCCUGAUUAAAUUGUUUAACUGUAUAUACUAUAAAACUGUGUUCCGUGUCUGGUUUUGAUUGUGUCAGGCCUACCCAUUUCCCUUUUGAAAAUGGGUGACCCGUUUCAAACCAAAUGAAAGGGAAGCUAGCUAAUAUGCAAUCGGUGUAAUUGGUCGGUCCUCAGCUCUCUAAUGCUAUAUGAAUGUCAUGGAGUCACAUUAACGUCACUUGCAUUAACAUUACUGUUAACAUUUGUGCAGUGAUCGUGUUUCAGUGGUCGUGCCCAAUGAGAUUGGUUUGCGGAUGAGGGUGAGUUGACCGUUGUUGUGCUUUGACUUGGAGCAGAAGUUGCUUUGAAUUGUCCUUUACCCUGUUAUCGUGAAACAGCAUGUGUCUGAGCACCCGACAAAAUGAUCAGAUGAAUUACCCAUUAUUGCUUAUCUCUGGUACAAAAUACCUGUAAUAAGGUAUCAUACUUCUACCAUAUAAUUUACUGAAUACAAGUAAUUAACAUUUAUUACGUUUGAUGAAUAUUUAGGUUUGAAUCAUAUUUGGAAGAAAUAUAUAGAAAUAUAUCUUGACAUAUUGUUUUGGGUUAUAUAUUCUGAUUUAAUUAUGCUGGAAACGGAUCAGAAACAGACGCUAACUUAAUCAGAGCUUAGAUGCUAACGCGUCUAUUCAYGUGCCACAGCAGCAUUUCAUCAGUGGGCCAAGUGAUUUCUAGUUUCCAGAAACUGAGCUUUAUCAUAAUCCAACAGCAAGCUUCCCUUCUUUUUUGUGGUUCUAUUGAUUUUAAUUGACCCACAAUAAUUAUAAUGAAGAGGAGGCAGGCUCAUCUAUGUUUAAAAUGCAGCUCUCAAUCUAGUUGUCCAUGAUGAUAUCAUACUGAUUGGUCAAYCUUGGCCCCAUUUAACCAACUCACACAUAUGUGUUUGUAUCAAGUCUGAGUCGAGAUUAUCAGUAGCCUUGACACCAGUGUCUUUCAGCAAAGCUCCAUUGUUGCUAUCCUACCAAGGGCGGUGACAACAGAGCUGACCAGCACUGGGACUAGCUGCUAUCUAGACUACAGCCUGUAUAUUUUUAAGAUGAUAAGAUUGUUUUUCUAAGCAGAAAAUAGUUUCCUAUACAGAUCUGCUUUGUCCAUAGGAUGGGGAAAGCACCCUUUAUUUUCAUUUAUUUCAGAUCAUGGUGGCAAWUAUUUUUAUUUUGACAUGAACGUGUAUUCUCAGUUUGAGAUUCUGGUUGUGUUUUUUAUUUAGCAAAAGGAGGCAGUUUGAAAGUUUCACCAGGGGAGUGUUUGAGAUGGUAUGAAAAUAAUGUAUGAUUCGAAGAGCGGGGCAUUUAUUAAUCAUUGGAUAAAGUCCCCCCAAAUGCACUAGAAAACACAUACUUUAUACCAUCCAAACAUGUUGCCAACAACAAUAGUUAAGGUACAAAUGUAAAUGGUUCAGCAACACUCCUUCGGUGAAUAACAGACCUUUGUACAUGGAACAAUGAUGGCAUUAGAAAGUGUUCCUUUAAGGUGCCUGAGUAGGGUUUGUUUUUAAUUUGGCUUUUAAGCUAAUUGAUUUGUCUGUCCAAGUGUUUGUUUUGGUUUGUUUUGUUUGUUUUUGUUUGUUAAUGAUAACCGUACAGAAUCUAUCAAAUAAGCUAGCUUGAAUAUUUUCCUCCAUACAGAAAAGUACAAAUGUUUACGAUAUCUAAUUAACCAAAUAGCAAGUAUGCGUUUGAGAAUCAAUCUGUCUGUCACUAAAAAUGACUGAUAGAUUGAUUUGAUUUAUUUCUUUCCUCUGUCAUUUUAAACUUGAAGAUGUUAUGACUGCUUAUUCUUUUGUUUAGAUGUUGUUGUUUUUUACUUGUCAAACAGUGCUCCCUCAAUAUGACAAAAUAAGAAUUGUUACCAUCGUCUGCUUAGAACAAAAUCGACUAUUUAAAAAUAAAAAUGGCACCCAGGGUGGCUUAGAAUCAUUAAAGAGAGGCUGAACACGCCGCUUGGCAUGUGUUCUGUUUCUCAUUAGAAAAAGUCGAUUUCAGUCUCAGAGGUGUGUUUCCUGACCGAUUCCUCGUUUGGUUAAUGAUGUUUGUCCACCAUUAGACACUGGAAGCCUAUUUCCCUUCCUCAAAAUCCCAUAAUGAAUCUAGGAUAACUCAAGAAAUCUGUAAUUAAUUUAGACUUUUUGGCCGAGGAUGUUUUAGUUGCAAAAUUAGAAAUCUGAUUAAGGUGUUUGGUGCAGUAUUUCUCAAGUWAAAAAAAUCAGAGACGCAUUGUCUUAUGUUAACAAAGUCUGAGCUGCUGAGCACAUCUGCCUUACUGUCUAUGCUAUUGGAUAGAGAGCAAUCACCGCAGCUAUUCAUCCCAUGAUAGUGGGUAAAUGGACAUCGUCAAAUCAAAACCCAACAUUAAUUUACCUGUUGUGACACACGGAUGUUCCAAACUCCAUUUUAGACCAGACUGACUUUGACAAAAAUUAUCUGUAGAUUACACCAUAGAUGAUUUGGGAGGCUUUAGUUUUCAGACUGCUGUGAGAGAGAGGUUUAGCCAACUAGUACAUUUUCAUUUGGAAAUGUGAAGAGGCAUGGGUUUCGAUUUUGCACUAAGAGGUUAUCCUCGUCUCACUAAGAUAGAGAAAUGCAGUACAUUCGUUGAAUUGCUCUCUGUCAUUCAAAACAGACUCAAUUAAAAAUGAUGCUUUCAUUUACUUCUGUUAUCUAAUCUCUGCAACACUUCAAUGUAGAUUUUAUCCUAAGUGGGUUUUGUGAUCAUGUGACAGUCGUAGAAUGCACAUCCGGUACAGUACAUUUUGACAAGCCUUUCUUUGCUUUGGAGAAAUCAAAGUACAGUAUGAUAAUAUGAUUCUUACAUGUGGCGCCAUGUUUUCCCUUUUUUCAAAACAGUAAAUGGACAUGAACCAGACUGUCUGAUAAAGCUACUCUACACCAAAGUGCAAUUGAACUCAGAGGGAGCACUGUUGGUGAACCAGUGGGAGUCUUCUCUCCUGGUUGUGGUGUGCACAAUCUUUAUGUAUGGAAGAUUAUUAUUCUUCUCAUCUUUYUCCAGUCUGUCUUAGAUAAUUCAGAUGCAACAUUUUUUCUUUUGUUUUUUGUGUACAGCUUGCUUCGGAGUUGUCUCAAACAGGUACUCUUACUUCUGUACGGUUCUUUCCUUAGGAUGAUGCAAUGAUUUAAAAAAAAUAAUAAUAAUAAAAUAUGUAAGAAGAAGAAA